AUGGCUUGCACGACCCCUUCGAUAACGAUAGAGAGCCGUACCGGCACCCCGUCCAGCACUGCUUCGGGUUAUCUCUCGCCUGCCAACGAGUUGACUGGGUUAUUGAAAGAUCGAAGGCGAAGACACUCGUUCCAUACGUCUAGGCGACUGUCCUGCGACUAUGAUGAAGAUGCAGUCUAUCUCAAGGUCGACUUGUUCCUUGCAGAAUUAGAGAGACGACUACAAUGGCUGGAAGACUAUCGACAGUCACACAUACUUCAAAUCGACUCUGGGCUGAGGAGAGCAUAUGGCGCUCUCAUAGCUGUCCGGGACUCCUGUUCCCAUGCCUCUGGUGAGCUGAUGGGCGGAGGAAGACGACGAGCCCGUAUUGCCGUCGAGACUCUCGAGAGCCGUUACAACGAAGCACUAGCUACAAAAGAAACCCUCGAACAAAAGGCUCAGGCGAGCAUGAGAUUGAUGGAGGACUUCCUCUCCCAGCUGGAAGCCCGCGUUCACAGCGUUCGAGACCGUGGCUUAUACAGCGCCAUUGACGAAGGUCUGCGAGCCGUCGACUCCAGCAUAACGCAUGCUCGGGUUAUGUUCGAUGAAGGAAUUGAACGUGCGGUCCAUGCCAAAAUUGCGCUUCGUGAAAGUAUCGAUAGGGCUAUCGCGUUGGCAAAAGAGAAACGUCUAAUCCACUACUCGGACCUUCCGCACCCGUGGAGAGUCAAUCCUCACAUUCGAAAAGGGUACCGCUUCACAGCAUCAAAGAUAGAAUGUCUCACCUCGGUCUUCUCCUUCUCCAACGAAAUGGUCAACAUCUGGUCACAUCUUAUCGGCCUAAUCAUCGUCCUCUGCGUCGCCUUCUACUUCUACCCUCUGAGCCCCAACUUCUCUCUCAGCACGAAAACAGAUGUCACCAUUGCCUUCAUCUUCUUCAUCGCUGCUUGCAAAUGCCUCGUCUGCAGCACGUUGUGGCAUACUAUGAACAGCAUAGCUAACCAACCCCUCAUGGAACGUUUUGCCUGUGUCGACUACACGGGCAUCUCCUUACUCGUGGCUGCUUCCAUCGUCACGACAGAGUACACUGCAUUCUACUGCGAACCAUAUUCGCGAUGGAUCUAUAUCCUCAUGACCUCUACCUUGGGUAUCGCUGGCGUUAUCCUUCCCUGGCAUCCUCGCUUCAACGGACCUCACAUGGCCUGGGCUCGUGUAGCAUUCUAUGUUACUCUUGCUCUGACUGGGUUUGCACCAAUUGUCCAGCUGAGCUUAACCCGCGGCUUGGAAUGGUCCCUUUACUUUUAUGCUCCUGUCGUCAAGAGUAUUCUAGUAUACUUUUGCGGAGCUUGCAUAUACGCCUCGCAGAUUCCAGAGCGUUGGCAUCCUGGAUUCUUCGAUUAUGUUGGCGGCAGCCAUAAUAUCUGGCAUGUCGCCGUUUUGGGAGGCAUUCUCUUUCAUUAUCUUGCUAUGCAAGACUUAUUUGCGGGAGCAUUUCUGCGGGCAAAGGGCGAGUGCCCUUGUCUUACUUCUUAG